UUGAUUUUCAUUUUAAAAUAGACAAAUUAAACUUGAAUUUGACCUGUUUUUAACAAGCGCAUCAGAAUUUGAUUGUGUGUGCUCUGUGUAUACAAUGACAAUAAAAGGAAUGUUGAAUCUUCUCCCUCCGCUCUGUUCUCUGCAUGUGGAACUGCCUGUCUAACUUCCCCUCCUUGGCUUCAUGUCUCUGUCGUCCCUUCUUCUUUUACUAUUCUCUCAGUCUGACUGGGGGAAUGGGUGAGGAAAAUGGAGAGGGGCCAUUUUUCCAGACCACAACUCCUGCCAAACCCCCUGCAGCGGCCAGCGAGGAGGAAGAGGAGGAGGAACUGAGCUUGAAGGGGCAUCCUCCACCUGCCCCGCUGUUCGGUGACGACGACGAAGACGAUGAUCUGGACUGGCUAAACUGACAAGCAACCACAGUAGUCUGGUUUUUUAAAAUUGUCAACACUAAAGAGGAAUGUGGUGCUUUCCCAUCUGUCUGCGAGGAGAAGCUCAUUCUGAUGAACUGAAGGAAAAGUCAAACAGUUGAACAACUUCUCUGCGGUUUCACAUUGACUGAGCUGCUGCCACAGCUUCACAGAGAACAAAACUACAAUCCCUGGCUUUUAUUCCGGUUCAAUAAACAAACCUGUAAUUCACAGAAACUGCUUUUCUUUAAUUGUGUCAUAUGUGUUGUUGAUACGAUUUAAUACCCAUCUUUUUACACAGCACUGUAGCAGAUUAUUUAGUUGGAUCAGCAGUUUUACCCUGUUGUUGUCUGUGGUUUCAGACUGUAUCAUGAAAUGGUUUUUAAUUAUUAGCUUGCUGCUUUAAAAAUAACUUUUACACAGUUUUGCUGAAAUGACAUUCAUUCCUGAAAAUAAAUGAGAUGAACUUGUG